AUGGCCUCCGUGACAACGACAGUGCCAGUGACAGCCACGUUGAGAGCGGCUGGUGUUGAAAAUUCACCCCAUAAUGGCAUGGCUGCACGUCCACUACCAUCCACCUACUGGACCAUUGAUGGUCUGUUGCGAAAACAUGCUUCUGAAGAUGGCGAUAUACCUAUGGUCGGAUAUCCUGCGACGGGUGCGUCGGAUUAUGAGGUUCACACUGUCAAGGCCAUCGACAGAUAUACGGAUGCGGCUUGUUGGUGGUAUCAAAAGCAGGGGUUGCAACCAGCAGAUCCGGACUUGCGUAAAGCACCAGUGGUUGCUCUUCUCACCCCUUCUUGCCUGGACGCAAUCAUAUCGUUCUUCGCCCUCAACCGACUUGGGUGGGCCGUGCUCUUCCUUUCCACUAGGCUAACAGCCCCGGCAUAUGCGAGCCUGAUGAGACUGGCGGACUGUUCAAUCAUUGUGGCCCCUCCAGCAUACGAUCCUGUCAUAGCUGAGAUGCGCUUUGAACUAGAGAUCAGAUCGUUAUCACGAAUCAACCAAGAAGAUUACCGUGCAAAUGCCGACAUUCCCAGAUUCUUCCGACACUGUGACAACGAGAAGGAAUCGAAGAAGGUCGCGUGGAUCAUCCACUCUUCCGGCUCAACAGGCUUCCCGAAGCCAAUCUUCAUCACCAAUUUUGGAUGUCUAGCCAACUGGCAGAAAGGCCUGGGCUUCAGGUCGUUUACCGUCUCUCCACUUUUCCAUUCCCAUGCCCUCAUGGAAUUCGGCAGAGCCAUCUACGCAAAGAGGCCCAUGUUCUUUGGUAAUCACCAAAUGCCAGUCACCAGGCAGAAUCUUCUUGCAGCGUUGAGGGUCGCUAAGCCGGAAAUGGUCUGUGCUGUCCCUUACGUGCUCAAGCUCCUGGCCGAGCAGGAUGAGGGAAUUGCUGAGCUUGCAAAGGCAAAGAUUGUCAUGUACGGUGGCAGUGCUUGUCCUGAUCCACUGGGAGACGAAUUGGUUUCGAAAGGCGUAUUCCUGGCCGGAAACUACGGUGCCACAGAAACCGGGUUUAUCAUGAACUCCUUCCGACAACCCGGAGACAACGAAUGGAAUUAUCUCCGGCUACACAAACCAGUGGCAGACCACGUCUUGAUGGACGAAAUCUCUCCCGGUAUCUUCGAAUGUGUCGCAUUACAGGGAUUGCCUUCCAAGGUGGCUGUCAAUACGGAUAAUCCGCCAAACGCAUUCAGAACGAAGGACCUGUUCAUGCGGCACCCCGAUCCUCUGAAAUCGAACUACUGGAAGUAUGUGAGUAGACUUGACGAUCGCCUAACGCUGGUCAAUGGCGAAAAGGUCCUCCCCAUACCCAUCGAAGGCCACAUCCGGAAAAGUGAGCUGAUCAAAGAAAUCGCGGUCUUUGGUGCUGGGAGGACGGUACCAGGCGCUAUUAUAUUCAAAAGCGAGCAAUCAGCGAAAUCGAGUGACGAGGACUUCCUCGACAAAAUAUGGCCUCGGAUCGAAGAAGCCAACAGGCAAGCCGAGACCUUUUCACGCAUUCCUCGGGACCUCGUUAUCGUCCGACCAUGCGAUGAGAUCUACCCCCGAACAGACAAAGGAACCAUAAUCCGAGCCCAGCUAUAUGUGCAAUACGGGGACAUGAUCAACCAGGCAUACGACCGCUUCGAGUCGGGUGUAACAGAGAAGAGCGACCAUCUCCUGCAACUCGACAUUCCACAGCUGGAAGACUACCUCUUGCGCAAAUUUCGCCACGGUCUUGGCACCCCUCUUGAGUCUGUAGAUGCAGACAUCUUCUCCGCUGGCGUCGACAGUCUCCAGACCACGCGCAUCUGGAACAUGAUUAAGAAAGAGCUUGACCUCGGCGGAAACCAGGCCAAACUCUCGCAGAACGUUGUCUUCGAGCGGGGCACAGCUCGAUCUUUGGCACGACACUUGUACAACUUGAGAUGCGGCAUCGACGAAGCUGAGCCGGACCCGGACCAAGCCGAGAUCAAGAUCAUGCAAGACUUGAUAGAGAAAUACUCCGACUUUACACCGCACGAUCCAACGAACAAACCUAAUGUACUCACCAAGACCGUGCUGCUUACAGGCGUGACCGGUGGCCUCGGGUCGGUUCUUCUGUCCAAUCUUCUGAAACGCAGCGAUAUUAGCAGAAUAUACUGCUUGGUGCGCGCCAACUCGCCCACUGCCGCGCACGAUCGCGUCAUGUCAGCCCUGAGAUCGCGAGACCUUCUCCACCUUAGGCUUCAGGACGCCGAAGCGAAGAUUAUCGCCCUCCCAGCUGACCUCAGCCUACCAACGCUCGGCAUGGAGCCAACUACGCUUGAAAGCAUGCUCGACUGUCUAACACACAUCAUUCAUAGCGCCUGGGCGGUCAACUUCAACCUGCCCCUCCUUUCCUUUGAACCACAGCAUGUCCGAGGCGUGUACAACCUAUUACAGCACGUCGCGCUACGGACCACGCACAGCCAACCAGCCGAGUUCUAUUUCUGUUCGAGUGUGUCUGCGGUAAGUGGAACACCUAAGCCCGCGACCAUCGCCGAGACACAAGCCAUGGAUCUGUCAUGUGCACAGCGCAUGGGCUACGGACGCAGCAAGCUUGUUGCGGAACGAAUUACGCAUAUGGCUAUGCAGCGCACAGGAUGCAUGGCAAGGGUUCUGCGUAUCGGCCAGCUGGCUGGUGACACGAGGCAAGCUGUGUGGAACGAUACCGAGGCGAUCGCGCUGAUGGUGAGGUCUGCAUUACCUGAGAGUGCAGGCUGUCUGCCACUGCUAGAUGAGAGGCCCAGUUGGCUGCCUGUGGAUAUGGCGGCUGAGGUAAUUGAGGAGUUGGCCAUUCCCAAGGUAAAUGAAACUCAAAGGGCCAAGUAUGAUGCAGAUCUGGUCUAUCAUGUGCUCAAUCCAAAGACGUUCAGUUUUGGAGAAGAGUUGAUACCGGUGCUGCAACGACAUCCAGCAUUCCCGAGGUUUGACGUGGUUAGUCCGAGGAUUUGGCUAGAUCAGCUCAAAGCAAGUGACGCCGACGUGAAAAGGAAUCCAAGUCGGAAGUUGAUUGAUUUCUGGGAGGGAAAGUAUGGGCGUAGUGAGGAGAAACAGGACUUGGAUGCCCAGGCAGGUGAGGUAGACCACGACGCAGACAAGGGCUUGAAGUUUGAGACGGCCCAGACUAUCAGAGAUAGCAGCGUCCUUGGGCAGGUUGAAGAUCCAGUGAGUGAUGGGCUCAUGGAGAGGAUCGUGCAUGUUUGGAUGCGAAAAUGGGAGGCGCAGUACGGCCAAGUAUAG